UUACCAGCGGCUGCAGGAUGCCCAGUCGUGGCCUGGCCAGGAUGUUAUCAGCAGAGUCAAUGCCUUGGCCAAGACCGUAGUGCUGCUUCCUGACCCCCUCUCUGAAGCCCCUGGACACCUGUCACUGGCUGAGGCCUCCAGCUUCCUGGGUAUCCUGGAGAGGGUCCUGGCAAAGGAGUCAGCUCCACUGGGGCCGGCUGCACUGCUGGCUGUCGUGCACUUCCUAAAGAGAGUGACAGCCCUCGGGGCUGGGGAGCCAGAGCCCUUAACAGGGCCCUGGGAGCAGCUAGGCCAGGGCAUCAUGUCUGUGGCCAGCUUGGUCCUGGAGGAGCAGCUGGCUGGCGCGUGGCUCUCAAUCAGCGAGGUGAGGCUGGCAGGGCUGGGUGGGGCAGGGGGGCUUGCCGUCCUUGCCACCAGCUUGUUGUGUAGCCGUGGGUGAGUCAGCACCCAUCGCUGGGUCCGUCUCUGCGUUCGAGAGAAGCUCCUCUUUUACCUAUGAUGUAACUUGAACUUCCACAUACAACUGUUCGUGAAUAAUAGCUUCUGUGGUUGAAAAUAAGAGCCAGGAAUCCAUAAGGAUCCCCCCCAUAUCCAAGAUUCUGCUGACCACCUUCAGAGGCAGGUCCUCUAUGCUGAGUAUCCAGCCAUCUUGUCUUCCAAAACAGCCCAGACGCUCAGGAGAGCAUAGAGAGAUGCUAUCCAGAUGGCAUGGGUGCUAGAAACGUCGUCCUGGCAGAAGUGGCUGUAGGCUUGGGAGUGAUUGGCCUAGAGAAAGGAGAGAACAAGGGAUCAUAGACAUCACCUGAAAGCCUUUGGGGCAGAAGGAGCAGAGAUGGUGCCUCUGUGGCCUCGGCGGACAGAACAGGGACCUAGGCUUGGGGACGGGGUGGAGAUGACACAGUGUGGGAGGCCGGCUCCACAGAACGGUUCCCCUGUUUGGGCAGCGAGCGCCCAACCUGGGAAGGGUAUAAACCCAUUUUUGGCUGAGGGACUGAGGCACUGUGGUAGGCUAGGAAAAGCUGGACUCUGAACCCUGGUGUUCCUCCCUGAAGAACAGAGGUGAUCAUACCCACCCUGCCUAGAGUAGCUGUUCCAUUACUGCAAGCCCCCCCCCCCCGCCCCCACCUGGCCUCACCCCCACAUGGCUUCCCUUUUGGAACCGAAAGGUCGAGUCCCUUCUAUAGGUCUAGCACAGAGUGAGAUCAAAGGAGGGGGAGGCACGGCCCUGCCUGCAGAGUGUGCCCAGCUAGCAAACAACCGGCCAGCAGGCACAGAGGACUACCAGGCCUUCGCCUGGGCUGGAGGAUGACGUGGCUUGGAGGCGUCAGAGGAGGCCGAUCGGGCAGGGCCUCAAACACCAGCCUGAGGACCCAGGACUUGAUCCUGGAGGCCCUACGGGGCCACCGAGGGUCUGGAGCAGGCAGGCCACUUCACAGAUCUCUGAGAAUGUGUUAACUACAGCGGUCGCGGCUGGCAGCCGCAGGUGCAAAGCAGGAGGGGCUGAGAUGUGGCUCCUCCCAGGUGGUUGGCGGACCCAUGGCCCUGGUGGCAAGUCUACAGCGCUUGGCGCCCCUGCUGAGCACCACGCUGACCCCUGGGCGGCCCCGAAUGCACAUCCAGCGUCGCUGUGUGGGCCUGGAGGUGCGGAGUCUACGCUUGACGGAGGCUGGCACGGAGGGCUAUGUGUUCACGGUGCCCGGUGGGCAUCCGGAGGGGCCCGGCCACAUCCGCAUCCCCGCAGGUGAAGUGGAGCGCCUCCUCGGGAAAGGCCUCUCUGGAGUCACCGUGAUCCACAGCUGGUUCAGCUCGAGUGUCUUCCGGCAAACCCUAGGGGAGCCUGGCCUGGAGCCCCAGGCCCCUGACAGCUCAGAAGAGGCAAGCAAAUUGCAGAGGUUUCUAAGCACCCAGGUGGGGUCAGCCAUCAUCUCCUCUGAGGUAUGGGAUGAAACCGGGGAGGUCAGCACGGCCGUGACCUUUCACUUGCAACACCAGACCCAGGCCUUCCCGCAGAAACUGGUGGAACCUGUCUGUGCCUUCUGGAACUUCAGCAGCAGCCCAGACACAGGGGGCUCCUGGGCCACUACCGGCUGCUCUGUGGCCACCCUGUACCGGGACUCUACCGCGUGCUUCUGCAACCACAGCACCAACUUUGCUGUCCUGUUGCAGGUGUAUGACGUCCAGAGAAGCCCCGGGGAGGAGUCGCUGCUGAGGACGCUGUCGUUUGUGGGCUGCGGAGUGUCCUUCUGCGCCUUGGCCACCGCCUUCUUGCUCUUCCUGGCAGCUGGGGUCCCCAGGUCAGAGCGAGCCACGGUCCACAAGAACCUCACCUUCUCCCUGGCCUCUGCCGAGGGCUUCCUCAUGGCCAGCGAGUGGGCAAAGGCCAACAAGGUGGCGUGUGUGGCCGUCACAGCUGCAAUGCAUCUCCUCUUUUUGGUCGCAUUCUCCUGGAUGUUGGUGGAGGGCCUAUUGCUGUGGAGCAAGGUGGUGGCCGUGCGCAUGCGCCCAGGCCCCAGGAUGACUCUCUACUACGCCACGGGCUGGGGCGUGCCCGUGGCCAUCGUGGCCAUCACGGUGGCCAUGUCCCCUGACGACUAUGUGGCCGCUGGCCACUGCUGGCUCAAUGUGCACACGGACACCAUCUGGGCCUUUGUGGGGCCCGUGCUCUUCGUGCUGACUGCCAACACCUGCAUCCUGGUCCGCGUAGUGAUGGUCACUGUGUCCAGUGCCCGCCGCCGCGCCCGCAUGCUGAGUCCCCAGCCCUGCCUGCGGCAGCAAAUCACGAUCCAGAUAUGGGCCACAGUGAAGCCGGUGCUGGUCCUGCUGCCCGUCCUGGGCCUGACCUGGCUGGUCGGCACGCUGGUGCACCUCAGCCCAGCCUGGGCCUACGCCGCCGUGGGCCUCAAUUCCUUCCAGGGGCCAUACAUUUUCCUGGUCUACGCUGCCUACAACGGGGAGGUCCGGAAUGCCCUGCAGAGGAUGACUGAGAAAAAGGCAACAGAGGCAUUUAUGGUCUGCUCCAGCCCCAUAGGCCCAGGGUCCCACCCUAGGUCCCUUGGUCCCUGGGAGGUCUCUCAGAACAACCCUGUAGCCUUGGCUCCAGCCCGAAGACACUUGGCUAUUAGAGGGACCCACAGCCCCAGAAUCUCCACAACCUUCUCCUCCAUUGCAGAACCUGAGAGACCGGCUGUGGAGCUGACAGCAUUCAAGGCAUCAGGUACAGCUCCCAUCUCAGGGGGGUCCCCCCUCUCCCCUUGGCACCCGGACACCCCCUCAGCCCCACUGCACCAGGAUGGAAGGGAUUUGAGAAGCAGCCACACCUGACGCCUCGUGGAAGCCUGAAGUCUUCCAUUAGCACACUGUAGGCCUGGCCCGGAGACACGGUGCUCUUUGGGAGAGGUGUACUUAGGGAAUGGGUUUGGGACCCUUCCCAGAGCUGGUGCUGCAGGAGGGCCAGUGCGCAAGGAGCCCGCCUUCCUCUGUGCACCCGCUCUGUCUGCCUCCCCCACCCCCCUCAGCCUCCUGGCCACAUCCCACUCAGAGCCCCUGUCCUGAUGCCUUGUGCCCUGAAAUGACUUCCAAACCCGGUGAGAGGCAAGCGCUUUCCUUCUGGGUUGUUUCCCCAGCUGGACAGGUGAGGGGGGCCUGGGGGCAGCGGGGCAAGGCUGGGCCCAUCCCAGGCGCAGCUCAAGGAGAGAGGACUGAGCCUGGGGAGUUCAGCCUGGCCCUAGGCGAGCUGAGGGGCCUGUGGUCACUGUCAGCUUCUCUGAGCCUGAGUUCCCUCAGUCUUAAAACAUAGGUUUAAGACUACAUAGGUAGGAGGGGCCGCCAGGCACUGCCCAGCCUCAAACCAACCAAGGGAUUCCUUCCGGCAUGGGCAAGAGGCAUGUUCGUGCAGCCCUAACCAGAGCUGGGUUCUGGGCUUUAUAAAGCCCGGCAUCUGCUGACUCCUUUAAUUCGGGGACACGGGGAAACCAUCCUCCCACCGUGCAGAUGAGGAAAUUGAGCAGUGUCAGAGCUGGGGUCAGGCCCCACCCCGCAGAUGGGGAAAGUGAGGCACAGGGGCAGUCACAGAGGUGUCAGCGGAGGCACAUUUGAAACCCAAGUCUCUAGGACCCCAGCCUCCCAGCGGGCCUCCACCCUUAGCUGGUGUCCCCGUCCCCUGGAGUCUCAGCUCCCCUUCUGCAAAGUGCGCAGGAGGCGCCCCCUGCAGGCCAGCGCGCGGUAGGCCCUCCGCGGGGCCCGCCGGCGCCCCCAUCCCGCCCCUCCCCCCACCCUCGCAGGCGCGGCGCGGGUGGGAACAAGAGCGGCAGCGGCGCCUCUGCGCUCAAGUGACAGCGCCUUUGUCUCUGCUGAAUGGGUGCGUUGCUAAGGGCGCUCGUAGCAACGGAGCCGCUUCCACCUCGCCCUGCGGCCGGCCCCGCCCUCCUCCGGACCCCCAACCUGCCCCGCCCUUCGGGCGCCCUCGCCACCCCCACCCCGCACCCUGCGACCUUCUCAGGUGGCCUGAACACGAGGUGCCGGGGAGUGAAGGCUGCCAGCUCCGUGUCCCUCGCGAUACCUGCCGGCCACCGCCCCUCCUGAAACCAGGGAGCCCUCUGGGCAUCAGGUGUUCUUUAGAGAAACCGAGGCUCGUAGAGGGCUUGCGGGAGACUGCCCAGGGUCUCCCCAGUCCAGAAUCCCCACCAAGGUCUUCCCCCAGCCUCAGUUCCCCUCCAGGGGUCCCCACCGUGAUUAUCUGCCAGCUCAGCCCAACAUUUUCCUCCCAGGUUUCUAGAGAGAGUGCAUGCGGACUUGACUCCAAGCCUCUAAAAGGCCCAACUGGGGGCCCCCCCGGGGACAGACAGCAGCCUCCGCCACCACCUACUGCCUCUCCCUCAGGAGCCCCCCCCCCAACCCCUCCCGGGUGCUGUGCCAGGUCCCACAGCUCAGUCCCCCUAACUUUCUGUCCAAGAUUGUUACCCGCUCUGACCCUCCCCACCUGCCUUGAAAUUCUGACAGCCCUGUGGUAUCUCUAGCAAUAAAGGGUACUCUUGUGA